ACACGUGUCGUCGGUGGCGCCGGUGCCCUGCCAGGGGCCUGGCCCUGGAUCGUCAGUAUCCAGCACCCCUGGAUACCAGGCCUGAAGCAUCUGUGUGGAGGGUCACUCAUCAGCACACAGUGGGUCCUCACAGCAGCCCACUGCUUCGACAAGGUCACGGAAAUCAGCAUGGUGUAUGUGGUGACUGGGGCCACCCAGUUGAGUCAACCGGGCUCUGGGGCACAAGUGCGCCAUGUCAAGCAGGUGCUGAUUCACCAAUACUACAACUCUGCUGACAUGAGCUACGAUAUUGCCCUGAUGGAAUUGGACCAUCCGGUCCAGUGCAAUCGCUACAUCCAGCUGGCCUGUGUGCCCGACGCCACACUGAAAGUGUCAGAGCUGCAGAACUGCUGGGUGGCUGGCUGGGGUUCCACUGCUCCAAGAGCUCAAAAAUCAAGUGAUCACUUGCAAGAGGCCAAGGUCCAGCUCAUCGAUGUCCAGCUCUGCAACAGCAGCCGCUGGUACAUAGGGAAAAUCCACACCCACAACUUGUGUGCUGGUUACCCACAGGGCCUCAUCGACCCCUGCCAGGGUGACAGUGGUGGUCCUCUCAUGUGCCAAGAGAAAAACAGUGACUACUGGUGGGUCAUUGGAAUAACCAGCUGGGGAAAAGGCUGUGCCAGAGCAAGGCGUCCUGGAAUCUACCUCUCCACGCAGCACUUCUAUGACUGGAUUGAUUUCUACAUGAACCUGAGCCCAGAUGGAAGUUCCUCUCCAUCAUCUCGGCCAUGGGUAAGAUCAACACUCUCUCCAAAACCAACUCCAAUACCAACAUUGGGCAAAGUUAACUGCUGCCCAUUUCCCUUCAAGAUUCUGAUGAAAUUCUUUACUCGAGUGAAGGAACUCCUCCAGCAGACCUUUGGUCAAAACACAUAUUGA